UGCAGUAGAAAUAAAGACAGAUGGAGAGGGGAGGAGAGUAGAGCUGUGUGAUGUGUUUGGAGGAGGGACUCCAUCAUUUAGAGAAGUGAAGAAGUUCCUCAUUCUCCAGUGAAGAAAGAAGAGAGGAAAAGAGAAGCAGCGGUAAACCAUCAAAACCUCAAGAUGAAAGUCUGUCACACUUUGAUCUGCUGCUUCUUCCUCUCUCUGCAGGAUGGAAACACUGUUCUCAUCGAUCAUUCAAAGAUCAGUGUCUUUUCAGGAACUAAAGGAGGAGAUGUCAUGGUUGAUUGUGGUUUAUUUUCAUCUGGAACAACAAAGAUCUUCUGUAAGGGAGAAUGUGAACCAGAAAACAUUCUCAUCAACACAACAGAUGGCACAGCUCAGAGAGACAGAUACAGCAUCAGACAUGAAGAACGAUCUGAUGGAAGAGUAUCUCUGUAUGUGACCAUCACAGAGCUGACCAAGUCUGACUCAAAACUUUACUGGUGCGGUGCAGGCAGAACCCAAUCUUCAGUUUCAUACGAGAAGGUGGAAGUCAUUGUCAGAGAUGCACUGCUGACUGGAAACCAUGAAGACAAACUGCUCAAAAUGAGAACUGGAGAAGACGUCACAGUUCAAUGUUUCUUUACUUCCUUUGGAAUAUCAAAGUUCUUCUGUAAAGACUCAUGUCAAGAAAAGGUUCUUGUUGGAACAGAUGGUUACAGAGCUCAGAGAGACAGAUACAGCAUCAGAUAUUUAACAGGAACUAGAGGAGGAUCCUUUCUGUUUGUGACCAUCACAAAUCUGACCAAGUCUGACUCAGGACAGUACUGGUGUGCUCUGGACUCGUCUUCACUCAGGGACUUUGAGCUCAUUGUUACAGAUGCAUCAGUCCCAUCAACAACAACAACCACUGACCAGUCUGACACAACGACUGAAGGUGUGCUGCUGUAUGUGGGUCUGACUCUGGUCGUUGUGUUCAUCCUUUCAUCACUGGCUGUGCUGAUAAUCUGCAUUAAGAGGAACCCCACACUCUGUGGUUUGAGGACCAGAGGAAACUCAGACGCCACAAACAUGGAGAUUACCCCCUAUGAGAACUGUCCUCCAGUCUCCACACAUGAAGAUUCCACCUACCAGAGCCUCAGUCCAGCCAGCAUGGAUCAGGACCAAACCUACUCUACACUCACACACACAAACAACACAUAUGAGACUUUGUGAAUUCAGACCUGGAAUUUGUUACUGUGACCCAAGGUUUCAGUUUGUUUUCUGGCCCUGAGAACUCAGUACAGUGCAAAUUAAGAUGCAUGUUUUCUGUAUUUGCAGUUCAUUUCUUUAUUCUCCAUGUUGCCAAGUUGGAGAAACUUGACAACAACGCAGCAAAACUAAAAUUCAUAUCCCUAACUAACUCAUCAUCAUAUUGACUGAAACAUCGCUGUGCCCAAACUCUUUCAUUGAAGCACACAAGCUGUUCUAUAUUAACUAGAUCUAGCAGUUACAGCUACGCUACCACUUGUUUACAUAAAGCUUCUUCUUAAAUGUAUGUUUAUACAAACCUCUGUGUUGAACAUUUGGUCACCUUUCAACAGGCUGAAAACUGAUGGUGUUCAGAUCUGAGGAUCAUGUCCAGAGAACUGAAGAGAAUUUGUACACAAUUUCAAAAACAUGUAAAGGACGUGUGUCUCAGAAAACUGAAAUUGAAUUCCAAACUAAAAGAUUUAAAUAGAAAUGAUUCAGAUUUUAGUGACAUAAAGUUAUGUCCUUCGAGUUACCUGCAGUUAAAAACCAGUCAAACAGAAAUCCUUGUCAUUGGCUCCCAGCACAUUACAAGACAAACUCUGCCACCUGCUGGUUCUCUGCUGGAACAUGUCAAGUCUAUUUGAUAGAAAUUUAAGCUUUUGAGCAGCUCACCACAAAGCUGGUCCAGUCAUGGUGUUAUCAUCUUUUUUCAUGUUUCAAAAAUACAGUCUUUCUUCUUGCUUCACACCUUCAUUACUGCAGCAGCCUUUUUAUUGGUCUUAGCCAAAAACUUUGUUGAUGGACUUCAGACUGAACUGAGAUCAGCAGCCAGGCUGAACCAAUAGCUGUGACCACAUCUCUGCUGUUUAAGAGGAGGGCUAUUAUUAACAGUUUCAUCACCUCAUCAUUCAGCUGUUGUUAGAGCCUUGUGGAGGUGAUAAUGAGACGUUUAUUCUGAAAUCGUGUCAGUUGAAAAAAGUUGAAAAUAGUGUCGCUCUUUGCUGUCUUUUCCUUAGUGCAGUGAGGAAUCUUUCAACUUGUUUUUUUUUUAAAUACAUAGGUUAAUUUUGAUAUUUCUGUCUGAUGUUUGAUAUUGACUUAAUUCAACUUGAAAAGUCUUUCUAGCAGGUUAGAAAUAUUUUCACUCAGUUUUUACUCUUGAGAAGAUGCUAUGAUGGUGUUUUGACAUCUAAUUAUUUUUAUGUAUAUACUUAAAGUAGCUUGUAUUGCUUUAUUAUAAACUGCUAAAAGGUAGCUGCAUUUACUGAGAUUUGUGCUACAGUGAACAAAGCUUUCUCACAAUGACCUUGUGUGUUUUAAUUAUAUCUUGAAAUAGAUGUCAAAGAUUUAACUAUUCAACUAUGGCCUUUUGAGGUGGAUUGUGGAAAGGCGUGCUUCAUCUCAUUAUCUUUGACAUAAUGCACUCUAAGGAGCAAUGUGAAAUCAUGGUAUGUGGUUUUCAUUUUAAUGGCAACGAUAACAUGAAAAUAUUCACCAUGUUUCCUGGAAGUUAUGUUCAUAGACAUUUCAUUUGAAACUGUUCCUUAAUCUUAACUGCAUGUGUAUUAUUGUAACAAUGACAACAAAGAUCUGGUAAACCAAACCACAAUCAUAUUUAAACCAAACCAAGAACAUAUUUCUUAACCUGGCCACGUAUUUUUUGUGUGUUUACCAUGAUCCAUCUGCUGCUCCUGUUGGUCGUAAAUGACAGCAGUAAAUAUGUCUGGAGUGAAACAUCACACCAGACCGCUCGUGUUUUCUAUUAAUGUGAAGAAAUAUUCUUAAUUUGGCAAGUCACAAAAUGUUGAUAACAUUUUUGACAGCGUAAUUCAUUGCUGGAGACAUUAGAGAAAGUCUUGGAUCAAAAUCAGGACUUGAACCUGUUUCUUUAAGCUUUGUGAAGUUUUACACUAGAUUUUCUUGAAUUUC